UCUUCUGGUAGAAUCUAUAUUCUGUGAAUCACCAUUACAUUUUCAAAAAAUAUAUUUUUUCUGCCUUCGUCCUGAGUGAAAUUAUGAAAAUCAAUUAAAGAUUAUUAACGUAUUACUGUGUAACAAGGGAAAAUAACAAUCUUGAUAAUUUUUAGUGAUUCGUACACACAAAACAGCAGAAAAUUUUCGAAUUUCGUGACAAAUUAUGUACCAUUGUUAGACUUUGACCCUGCCUGCGUUUAGAUUUUAUAAUGUGCCGUGUUUUAAAAUAUUUACGAAAUAUACACUAGAUUUUAUACACUCGGUUUGUAAAAGAAAGAAAAAAACGUUUAAAAAAUAUGGGUGGAAGUGGAAGCUACUGCUGCAAUUUAUGUGGGGACAUGGCUCCAACAAAACUUGCGAUUUUAGCCCACCUUGCCCAAUGGCAUAAGGGAAAGCGAGAGAGAACGCAAGAGAAAAAAUGGAGAAAAUCUGAGGGCAAAUCUAAGGGUAAGAGAAGUGACGCCAAGGCCGAUAAGGAAGCCAAGGCCGAUAAGGACGCCAGGGCCGAUAAGGACGCCAAGGCCAAUAAGGACGCCCCCACGACAACUGGGAAAAUUCGCGAAAAUAAAAGUAAGGAUAGUGGGUUUAGAAAGACUGGUACCUCGACCGAUAAACCCGUAGAUGACAAUGCCGUCGCUAAUGACGAAACUCCUAAACUGAAGUUUUCGACCUAUGGACGAACCUCUUAUGGGACGAGGGCAAGGUCGAGAAUGGGUGAUGGAGAGUCCUCGUCCGUGAACAAAUCUUCAGAAGUGAUCGACGAAUCGACCAGCGUUGCAAAGAAGCACAAAUUGCCACCCAACGAAGUACAUGAGGGGGUUGGAAAGACGAGGAAAUUGACGGACGAGGAAAACAUUCUAGUUAAGAAAGUCGUGGAUAAAAUCACGAAUGUGUUUCUCACUAAUGGCAAAAGUUUCACCAAGAAGCAUAAUGUAAAUGUCCUUCCUACUCAAGUUUUGGCCAAGAAAAAACCUCCUUUAGAAGGAAAGGGGUUUGAAUCUCGAAUCCUAAAUCAAGCCGACAAACCAAUCAAAAUAAGUAAUAAACCCGUCGUUUUCAAUCGGGAUACCAAAAUUGACCCCGUAACACACGCUACGCCAGAAAUUAGCUCGACACUGCCAACAAAGAAAAAUGAAAUGCUUAAACCCAUAAAAACUGCACCCCAACAAAAUCGUCAAAAAUUGGAGGAUGAAAUUCCAGUCUUCGAUAUAACAGAUGAUGACGAAGUUGAGGAUAUUAAUGCCGAUAAGCAAAUGAAUAAUGAGGAACACGAUAAUCGACCAGACUCACCGGUCUAUCUAUUCCCCAGGGUGAAGAGCACAAAAUCAUUAUCGUUAACUCAAGAGGAACAGGUCAAAAAGAUGCCACAAUUAGCACCAGCAACGCCUCCAAUUUUGACGAAGGAACCUCACCAACCUGGCGCAGGUAACACGGGAGAAAACGUUAGAAAACAACGUCCCAAGGCACGUAUCUCUCCGAACACUCUUCAAUGCCCCCUCUGCCCCACAAAGUGUAACACAGGAUUUAUCCUGCACCGUCACCUUGCUCAAAAUCAUGCUGGCGAGAUUCAAUGUAAACGCAAGGAGCUGAAUAAAACGACGAAGAUUGGUCACCCGUCGAAGACCCGGGCGCCUGUCAAACUACCCACAGUCGUUGACCAAGUAGGAUCAAUUGGUCAAAAACGGGGACACGAUCUCACGCCAACAUCACCGCCCAGAGAAUCGCCAGCACAACUACCAGCAACGUCGCCAGGAAAUAAUUUAGAGAAGCCAGUUGACUCCACAACGAUCGAAGCUGAAUUGGAGGAGCUGCUUUCCUCUCCUGUUAAAACUCACGGCAAUCUCGACAAUAUUAAAAAAGUUGAAGUCGACACCCCCAAAAAAACCAACGGUGUCGAACUCACCCCCACCAACGUCCACUCUUUAACUCCUCCUUCUCCUCCCUCCACCGUUAAAGUCCCUACGCCCCAACCAUCUCCAACCGACAGCGUAAAGACCAUCUCCAUCUCCAUCUUAUCGUCCCCUUCCUUCAAAUGUGACGAGUGUGGGACGCCCUUCCACACGGCGAAUGGUCUUUCGGUGCACGCCAGUCUUAAUCACGCCGUAGAAAAUGUGCCAGUUCCACCUAAAGAGUUGGAAUCAUCCGCAAUAUCUUUGACUGAUGAUGCAGAAUCAAUGUCAAUAAUGAAUAGCAGUACCAGUACAGCAACUCCUGGUCGGGCCAAGUUGAAGAUAUCCAUUCCGUUGUCCUUGUACCAUUCCUGCUCCGCCUGCAUUGAAGAGUUCGCGUUUUCUCACGAACUGACCAAACACGAGGCUGACCACGGUCUUGGAUUUGCUUGUCUCGGAUGUGGGGGCUCCUUCAAGUUUAAGACCAACUUAGACAAACAUUUCCAAAAGGCGCAUCCCGAACUUUCCAUGGGGAAAUGUACUUGGGUCUUAGGUGACCAUUGUGCAAUUUGGAAGUCGUCCUCCGCGGAAAUGAACGAACACGUGCGCCAAGUUCAUCCACAAAAAGUAAAUGCUUUCGAGGACAGAAAAGAAGACCUUGUGUGUGUGAAACAGGAGUUAAAUAGCGAAGAAAGUUAUUGGCCUGUUGUGGAUUUGGAAUAAUUUUCAUGUUCAUGUAAAAUGAGUAUAGUUCGGAACUUUACAUAAUUGGAUGGAAUGAGAUUAAUGUACGUACGAAAAUAAUGUGGCUAAGUUUUUAUGGCAAAUAAUAAUCGUUCAUUUCAAAUACUAUUUGUUUAUGCAUAGCCAGAACAUAAUGCUUACCUUGUCAGUUAAAAAUAAUUAUUACUUAAGAUUUCCUUAGAUUACGAGUUAACCUGCUAAUUAUUCGUAAAAAUUAUGGCCAGUUUUGGUAUUAUUGCUGUUAUCUUACCGUGUUAAGUUUAAAAUUAGAUUUUAUAUCAUUUACUUAAUUACUCAUACGUAUUUAGUUUACUCUCAGCUUGCACCGAGGAAGGUGCAAUGUUGUCCCAAAAUGAGCGGUAGGUCGAUGCUUGUAAAAAUUUGAAGUUAAUAAUAAGUUAAUAAUAUUAUGAUUCCUGUACUAAUUAAAUACUGUCAAAUUAAAAUUUACCUUAUUAUUCAACUGUGUGAAAUUAACUGCAAAUGAAAUAAAUCUGUUUAUAAACAAACAACAUGAUUGGAAGAAAUCGUUCACAAUACACAUUCCUCGCCAUCAUUAUCGUGAUGAUAAUCUUGUUUAUCGUCAUCCCAAAGCUGUACAUACAGAUAUCCACCAUAAACGAGAAUGACACCAGUACGAAUUGGACCUAUAAUUUGGACAGAUGACUAAUACUAGACACAUUUAAACGAAACUAAAUAAUAGCAAUGUUAAUUAAUGGACAAUGAAAGUACAACGUAUGUACUUCAGGCUGCCACGAGUUAAAUUGCUAAGCUAUCAUUUAGCUAUAAUUCCCUUAAAUUUCAUUAUUAUGUCCUUAACAAAAGAU